GAGUUAUAGAGCUCAAAACUUUCGAUCUGUCUCGGUUGGUUUCGGUGGUUACGUUGGUUACGGUAUGAACAAGAUCAAAAAUCUUUCCGCUGGCUUUUCUCGUAUUAAUGUCUCCCGUUUAAGCAGUUGUUCCAUCUCGGCGUCCCCUAGUCCGCUGUGAGCAUUGACGUUUCGUUAUUUCGACGCGGGUCUGGAUGGUCUGACCGGUGGUUCGGCGCGAUGUGGUACGGGCAGCGUCGAGCGGCAGUGGAUCGAUAGGUCGCUUCUUUGGCGAUCGGCGGGCGUCGUCUGAGCGGCAGGAUGCGCGGUGACGAGAGCGUGCAGCGGACCGUGCGACACUGCACGCUGGACGUGCACCCGAGCGAGCCGGCCCUGGUGGUCCGUUACGAGCUGGACGCGGCCGUGCAGGACCCGCUGGGGGACCCGCUGCUCGAGCAGAGCCGCGAGUGCCGCCGCACCGUCCGCCUCAGGGGCCUCGACGACGCCACGGACCUGGCCUCGCUGGCGAGGGAGGUCGUGGCCAGGUGCGACCUCCUCGACGACUCCAAGACGGCGCAGGUGGAGCAACUGCUGGCCUACCUGCGGCGGCGCGGCGGCUCCGGAGAGCCCCGGCGACCGCCUUCCUCCGGCAGGACACCCUCGGGGGAGACGGCGAGCAUGGCCCGCCUGGAGGCCUACGUGGAGAUGCUGUACGAGGGCGCCGAGGACAAGGUGCGCGCCUCCGGGCUGCUGCUGCAGCUGGCACGGCGGCCCGAGAACCUGGCGGCCCUGUCGGCCAACGACGCCCUGCUGUGCGCCCUGGCGCGCGUGCUUCGCGAGGACGGCCGCCGCAACACGCCGCUGGCCACCAACCUGGCCUACGUGUUCUUCUGCUUCUCGGCCUUCUCGCAAUUCCACCCGCUGCUGGCCGAACACAAGCUGGGCUCACUAUGCAUGGACCUGGUCGAGCACGAGCUGCGCCGGCACGCUCAUUGGAGGCACGAGCUGCAGGCAGCAAGGGCGGAGGGCGAGGCGGGGCCGCAGGACCGGGACUGGCGCAAGUACCAAGGGCUGGCACGGCGCCAAGAGCAGCUCUUGCGCGUCUGUCUGUUCCUGCUACUCAACGUGGCGGAGGAGCCGCGCAGCGAGAUCAAGAUGGUCAACCGUGGCCUUGUGCCCAUGCUGGUGGACUGCCUGGAGCGGGAGCAGACGGACCUGCUGCUCCUGGCCCUCUGUUUCCUCAAGAAGCUUUCCGUGUACUCGGAGAAUGUGGCCGAGAUGGGGCGCCUGCCCACCGUGGUGCGCCUGGCACCCCUGCUGGGCCGGGAGCCGCUGGCGCCCACGACGGUGCGGCUGCUGCUCAACCUCUCCUUCGACGCGGAGCUGCGGGCAGCCGUGCUGCGGGAGGGCCUGCUGCCCCGGCUGGUGCAGCGGCUGCACCGGGCGGGCGGGGACGCGGGGCCGGCGCUGGGCGUGCUCUACCACCUGAGCCUGGACGACCGGGGCAAGUCGCACUUUGCCUACACGGACUGCGUGCCCUGGCUGGUGCGGGCCCUGCUGGCGGAGGGCGGGCCGCGCUCGGAGGCCCUGGCCCUGGCAGUGAGCCUGGCGGCCAACCGGCGCUGUGCCCAGCUCUUCUGCGAGGGCCUCGGGGCGCUGGUCGACCGGGCACUGGAAGGAGGGGAUGCCCAGCUGGUGCGGCUGUUGCGCACUGUGUCCCAGCAUGAGGGCCCCACGCGCAGGGCCUUCGCUCCCCACCUGGACGCCCUGGUGCGUGCCCUCGUGCACCCUGGGGCCCCCUGGGACCUGGUGCUGGAGUGCGCGGGCACGCUUGCCAACCUGGAGCUGUCCGGGGCGCCCCUGGAGCGGCACGGGGUGCUGCCCUGGCUGGGGCGACGACUGGGGGACCCCCAGUGCCCGCCCCGGGCCUCGCUGGCGCUGGUGGCACUGCUGGGCUCGGUGGCCAGGGCUGAGGAGGCCUGCGCCCUGGGGGCCCUCAGGGAGGGCCUGGUGGCACCCCUGGUGGCGCUGCUCAGGGCCCGCCAGGAGGACGACGACCUCGUGCUUGAGGUUGCGUACGCCUUCGACGCACUGCUGUGGCACCCAUCGACGCGCGGCCCCCUGGUGGCGGCGCAGGAGGUGCCGGGCUACCUGCUGGACCUGUUGCACGACCGGAGCCCCGAGGUGCGGCGGACGUGCGCCCAUGCGCUGGGAGUGGUGGCCGAAGGCGACGCCCGGUGGGCGCGCCGCCUGCGGGAGGCCCGCUUCCGCUGCCACAACGCCCACUGGCUGGAGGUGGCCGCCCAGCCGGGGGACGGGGGCGACGUGGGGGCCGACGAGGGGGGCGAGGAGCUGCUCGACAGGGCCGACCUCCUGUCCAGCGGCAGCGGUGCAUCCGACCCCUGAGGGAUGCCGCGCGGUGCCAGCCGUUCCACAGUGCCGCGGUAGAGCCACUAAACAAGUUCAGUAAAGACGGGAGUGGAACGCUGCAAAUCGUAAGCACAGACAUUGCUGGUACCGAGCGCAAGAACGAGAAAGUGGACGAUACGUUAGGCACGUUGGUUUUGCCACGACAAGUCAAACUUGUUGGAGCGCUCGUCGACUUUAUUUAUUUUUAUAAGAUGCGCGCCGCCGGUGUUGUGCGAAAUAAGGCUAGAAAAAUGCUAAGUACAGACCUCACGAGUGACGCUUGCUUGCUUCCUCCUGUACAGCGAUUCGUCUCUGGCGAUACAAUCCCGUUGGGACCACUGACAUUCACGUCCGUGCCAUUCCAAAGCGGCUAAAAUGUAUGGGACCUUACUCUCUAGAUUACUAUAUUAACCAUUCGUCGCUGGAGGCUUCAACGCUUCGUUUCCCGACCGUCUCGUGGGUGCCACCUUUUGACGUCUAGUGCGGAGCUGGCACGACUGGUGACGGUUACAGUUAGAAGGUGCGACGUCCCAAGUUUUGGAUGCGGCGUCUGGAAGCUUGGGUGACAACGAUCUGCCCUGUCACGGACCGCUUGAGUGUUUCUGGGUGCGGGAGCCUAAACAACAAGGUGGUCAAAGCGGCACUACUCAGUCUGGAGCUUGGCUUGUUUGGUGGUUGUAGCCGACGAAAUAGAUGCACGUUUCAGAGUCGUUCCUAAUUUGAAACGUGCCUUGAGACAUAAAUAUUGCGCUAAAAUAUUUUAGUGUGUGAAAAUUCAUUUUGUGACAAGAGAGCCCCAUCGUGACGCUACAUCAUGUUAAAAAAAAAAAAUUUCGGGGUGGGUUGUUCUCUUACUGCUCCUAGAAAGAGCCUGGUUCUGCCGAAGCUUUCUCAACGAUCUCCGAAAGUGAGUGCUUUGGAAGGCAGUUAUACGAAUAUGGCGCGAUGGGACGUGCUCCUCCUGGGCCCUGAGUCACGAGGCUAACCUCGGCACUCGUCAAUCCGCUGUCUGAGCAACGUGAAUAUGUGCACCGGCUGCGUCUACGCUUACUGUGCCCGUGUACAUCGUGAAAUAGCGAGUACAUGAAGCUUCCCAAGAAGUGCAAAUGGAGUGCUUAUUUAUGUAUUUAUUUUUUGUUAGACCAAUUGGACAGAACUGGGCACUUUGUGCCUUACAUUAGUUGCAGGUGCAUGGUGCUUGCAGCACGAUCUACCAUAUUUUCAAGUCUGUACGUCGCAACCCUCUAUAAACGUCUGUUUUCAUAAAGAAAAGAA